AUGAAGGAAUAUUAAAUUAACUUAGAUUGCAUUUGCGUAGAAUCUAGCUUUAAUUAUAUUUAUGGAGGUUGGUAAGGAAAUCUUAUUAUCUUAGAAUUUGUAAAUUAAUCUUAAAUAAGUUUAAUCUCUACGAGCAAUAAUCAAAAUGGCUCAGCUUAAGAAUCAUAUUAUGUGAUCAAAGUAGACUAAUUUGUUUAUAUAAGUAAUUAUCUUUAUGGCUUGAGUAUAUUUAAUGUAGAAGAUUUGCAUAAUCCAAUUUUUGUAAUCACUCUAAAAAUAGUAGGUGCUUAGUCUACACAGUCAUAUUUAUUUUAGAAUGAGAAAAUUUUAUAUACUAACUCAGAGUACUAUGGAGUUUAUAUAGUAGACGUAUCAGAUUUGUAUUAAGAUCAAAGUAAAUUUAUUACUACUAGUGAAUAGAGUAAUUUAAUAUCUAAAGUUUCACCAGAUGUAGUUUUAAACUAAUUUGCUAUCACCUCAGAUGAAAAAUUAUUUUUUUUAGGAGUCAGAUCGAUUGGCAUACAGAUUUAUGAUAUUUCGAAUCUUUAAAAUAAAAUGAAUCCCGUAUUUUUGUAGUUGAUUAGUGCUUACGGAAAUUUUUCAAAUAUGAUAUUUUUUGGUUCUAACUAUAGAUAUUUUGCUGUUUCUACUGAAUCAAAUAUUCUCAUAUUUUAGUAAACUGUAGAAAUUGAAGAUUAAGAUUAUGUAGGAUUAUAUAGACAAAACUUAAGUGUGAAUAUUUAGCUCGAUUAAAAAAUAGAUGAUUAUUUUUCAUUAUGUUUGGUUAAUAAUUUAUACUUGGUGGUAAGAGGUGGUUUAACAUAUUAAUUUUAUGUUUUAGAUUUAUCUCUCCCUUACUCUUAUCAGUUGAUAGUUAAAUCUCCAUUUCUGCUUUAAGAGUUUGUUGUUAAUGGGAUUCUUAAAAAGAGUGCCCUUUAUCAUUUGGAAAAAAGGCAGUAUUUACUAUUAGCUUAUUCUAAGAAAAUAUUUGUGUAUGAAACGUAAAGUAAGAAUUCUUUAAAUUAGCCUUAGUUUGACUUAACUUACAUUUUCUCUCUCGAUUUUGUUUAUUAAGUAAAUGACAUGACAUCAUCGAGCAACGAAGAUUACCUUUUUAUGUGUUAUUCAAAAUUUAUUAUUGUUUUAGAUAUAAGAAACAUAACAGAUUUCAAAGUUGUUUAAAUUAUUGAAAAAUUAGAAUAAUUUACGAAUGACUACUCCUCUAUUGCACUUGCCCAUGAUGAUAAGUUUGGCAUUAUAACUGUUUUACAGCAAGCUGCGAUUUUUUUUGAGCUUGAUUCUCAUUUUUAAAUAAAAUACCUAAGUAAUCUUAGCUUGUAUGGAGCAUUUUAAGUGGAAUACGACAAGGGUGGCAGAAAUUUAUUUUUCAUUGCUGAUGGCAUUUCUGGCGUUACUAUCAUAGAUUCUUCAGACAGAAAAGAUCCUAAAAUAAAAUCAACUUAUUACAUGAAUAAAUAAAUCAUAUCAAUAUUUUAGCCUUUUAGCAUGCAAAAUUCACUGCUUCUGAAUGAAUCACAGCUAAGUAUUAUAACAGUAAUUAAUUUUUCAGACUUGGAUAAAAUAAAAACUGUGUAAAGCUUUUUCGACACAAACGAAGAAUCUCAUUAAUGUAUUAUAGAUUCCUUUAAUAGGGUAAUGAUAGUCAUGGAAAUGUCAAAUAUAAAAAUUUACUUCCUUGAGAAGUAAGCUAAAAUUUUAAGAUAAAACUUUUUUAUAUCUUAAAUGUCUUCAUCCACUUAAGUUAUGUUUGAUUUUUAAAAUAAAAUUGAUGAGAAAAAGAUAAAAUUAGAGGCAUAAAACGAGUAUGCACAAAUAGGGGAGGACUGUGUGAUAUACUUUUUCCCAUACUAUAUUUAAAAUUAAUAUUAAAUCUAAAGCUUAAAAGUAUUUUAUGAGCCUUACGAAUAAUAAAAUAUACUUCCUAGCUGGAUCAGCCUUGAUAAAGUUUAUCAAGUUAUGCAAUUCAAUCCUCCAAAAGAGCUAUUUACAGGUCAAAACACAACUCUACUCUUUUAAAUAUAACUAUAAACAAUCUUUGAAAAUACUGAUUUCAUUCUCACAUCACUUCCUUUAAAUAUUUCAUCUGCAAAUUCUUUACUCAUACAUUAGAAAUUAGUAAAAAAAUAUUGA